AUGAGGAUCAAUCAGACAGUCCUGAAGGAAUUCAUCUUGGUUGGCUUUUCUGCUUACCCGAAUGUACAAGCCUUUCUCUUUGUGAUCUUCUUUUGCCUCUACCUGUUCACCCUGGCAGGUAAUCUGACCAUCAUGGGACUAACUUGGGUGGACAGAUUUCUCCACACCCCUAUGUACCUCUUCCUGAGUGCACUCUCCUUCUCCGAGACCUGCUACACCUUGACUAUCAUCCCCAAGAUGCUGGCAGAUCUACUGUCCAAGAGCAGAGGCAUUUCAGUCACAGGUUGUGGCUUGCAAAUGUGUUUCUUUUUGGGACUUGGGGGUACGAACUGCAUCAUCCUCACUCUGAUGGGGUACGACCGCUUCCUGGCCAUCUGCAACCCUCUCAGGUAUCCCCUCCUGAUGACCAAUGUUGCAUGUGCACAACUCGUGGCCUCCGCUUGGGCGGGAGGCUUCUUUGUCUCCCUGAUAGAGACUGUCCUGAUAUUCAGGGGUUCUUUCUGCUCACCAAACCUCAUCAAACACUUCUUCUGCCACAUGCGGGCAGUCGUGAGGCUGACCUGUAGAGACAGCGACCUCACGGAAUUCAUCGUCACUGUGAUCUCAGUGUCAGGCCUGCUGGGCACUUUCCUACUUAUCCUCCUGACAUACGUGUUCAUCCUUUCCACCGUCCUCAGAAUCCCCUCAGCUGAGGGCAAGCAGAAAGCAUUUUCCACCUGUGCCUCUCACCUCACCGUGGUCAUUGUCCACUUUGGUUUUGCAUCUAUUGUUUAUCUGAAGCCAGAAUCCUCGGGGGGAGACGACACACUCAUGGCUGUCCCUUACACUGUCAUUACUCCUUUCCUCAGCCCCAUCAUAUUCAGCCUCAGGAACAAGGACAUGAAGCAGGCUUUUGGAAAGAUCAUGAGAAAGACAGAUGCCUUGAAAAAGUAA